AUGGAAAUGAAAAAACGAAUCCACUUGGAGCUGAGGAACAGGACGCCGUCUGAUGUACGGGAACUAGUUUUGGACAACUGCAGGGCAAAAGAAGGCAAAAUCGAGGGACUAACAGGAGAGUUUGUCAAUCUUGAGUUUCUAAGCCUUAUAAAUGUUAUGUUGAUGUCAGUUUCAAAUCUUCCAAAACUACCCAAGUUAAAAAAGCUUGAACUGAGCGACAACAGGAUUUCUGGAGGUCUAGAUGUAUUAGCAGAGAAGCUCCCAAACCUCACACAUCUAAACCUCAGUGGAAAUAAAUUAAAAGAUAUUAGCACCUUGGAACCUUUGAAAAAAUUGGAGCAUCUAAAGAGUCUUGAUCUAUUCAACUGUGAAGUAACAAAUCUUAAUGACUACAGAGAAAGUGUAUUCAAGCUCCUUCCUCAGCUGACUUAUCUGGAUGGGUAUGACAAAGAUGAUAAAGAAGCCCCAGACUCAGAUGCAGAAGCUGACGGGGAUGGUGUGGAUGAGGAGGAAGAUGAUGAAGAAGGUGAAGAUGAAGACGAUGAUGAGGAUGAAGGUGAGGAGGAAGAAGAUAUAGAUGAGGAUGAAGAUGAGGAUGAAGAGGAAGAAGUAGGAGAGGAUGAGGAUGAAGACGCAAGCGGAGAUGAGGAUGAUUUGGGACCUGAGGAAGUAGAAGAUGAGGAAGAAGAUGAAGAUGAGGACGAUGAUGAAGAAGAAGAAACUGGAAAAGGAGAGAAGAGGAAGAGAGACACAGACGAUGAGGGUGAUGAAGAGGAAGACUAAAUUAAUUCGGGAAAUUUGAAAGA